UCAUAUGGCUGCCGCUUUAACUAACUUCUCAACUCCGACAGGGAAAGUGGCUCAAAUGCGCCUUCUGUCAGCGUGGAUGUGAACCAACAACCGAAGAGGAGAUAAAGCAUCCACGGGGAGAACAUUUCUCUGACACUCUAUGUAUUGGAUUAUUAAUUAAGUUUGCAUUUAAUUAUUUUUGUGGUGUUGGAUUGUCGUUCCCUCGUGUGCACCUGCUCUGCCGGACUCGCGCGCCGACUGAACCAGACUUUGUUUCAUCUGUUGGUUGAAAGUUUGAAAACAAGGUGAAUGUAUAGCAUGAUGAUGGAGACGGACCUCCAGUCCCCUGGACCCCAAACAAACACACAUUUGGGGCAAACGGGGCCGAACAGUGGGUCCAAAGCGAAUCAGGACCGGGUGAAGCGUCCGAUGAACGCGUUCAUGGUGUGGUCCCGCGGGCAGCGGAGAAAGAUGGCCCAGGAAAACCCCAAGAUGCACAACUCUGAGAUCAGCAAGCGGCUGGGAGCCGAGUGGAAGGUCAUGUCCGAGGCGGAGAAGAGACCCUUCAUCGACGAAGCGAAGCGGUUACGAGCAAUGCACAUGAAGGAACACCCGGAUUACAAGUACAGACCGAGACGGAAGACCAAGACGCUGCUGAAAAAGGACAAAUACUCUCUGGCCGGUGGCCUGCUCUCUGGGGCCGGCGGCGGUGGAAUGGGUCUGGGUGUCGGAAUGGGUUCAUCCGGCGUCGGCCAGAGGUUAGAGAGCACCGGGGGCCACGGGGGCUCCGCCAGCUCAGGCUACGCUCACAUGAAUGGCUGGGCGAACGGUGCGUACUCGGGGCAGAUGGCUGCAGCUGCUGCGGCGGCGGCGAUGAUGCAAGAGGCACAGUUAGCUUACAGCCAGCACCCGGGCAGCGGGCAUCACCACCACUCACACCACCACCACCACCCGCACAACCCCCAGCCCAUGCACCGCUACGACAUGUCGGCACUCCAGUACAGCCCCAUCUCGAACUCUGAGGGCUACAUGAGCGCAUCUCCGUCCGGCUAUGGCGGGAUCCCCUACACGCAGCACCAGAGCUCUGGCGUCUCCUCCUCGGCUGCCAUGGGCACGUUAGGGUCGCUGGUGAAGUCAGAGCCGAGCGGUGUCCAGUAUGAUGACUGCCAUGGUGGACUGUCCAUGGAUCACCGUGGAGACCUGUGAUUGACAGACAGGCACUAGCCCCCGUCUGGCUGGCUGGCAGGCCGUCAUUACGAUGAGCAGGAGCAGAUUUGCUAUGCUGGCGACAGGACCGCACGGGAAAUGUCAACGACCAUCAGAGCCCCAGACAGACUUCCUCCCCUCCCCCAAGUACCUCACCUAAUGUCAGCUAAUGCCCAUGCUCAUCAUCCAGACCCUCGGUACCAUCAACACAGCUUCACAUACUUCAUCUACACUCAUUUACAAACCACAUGCACACAAAGCACUCUACCCCUGUAUACUUCGUCCAACAACUCAACUCGCCUCACCCAAACCCCCACAUGGCUCACCCAUCCCUCACACAUUUCACCCCAACCCCUAUGUAUCACCCAACAGCCUCACACCUCAUCCAACCACCACAGUACCUCACUCCUUAUGUGCGUCAUCCGCCUCACACAUCCACCCGUCACCCCCCCGUCACCUCCUAUAUUAAUACCCUGUCUCCCUCUAUUGGCCUAUUGCCCAGCAGCACUCUGCAUGUUAACAUUUCAAAAUUCCUCAAAUUGUGAGAAAGAAGUAUUUUCUUGCCUUCAGUCUAUUGUGAACAGCCAGUCUGCCCUGCAUGCCAGACAGCUAGCUAGAACAUCACGUGUGGCCAGUUCUGAGACAGACUGGCACUCUGACAGGCACCCUGACCAGAGUAAGUGCCUCACACAUAUUACAGCAGUUUACUGCAGUUUGGCAGGACACUGACAACAAGACCAGCCAAUGCCUGGCAAACUGACUGACCCCCGGUCUAGUUGGCACCUAGUAAGAUAAGGAGAAAAUAUAAGGAAUAUGACAUUGAGAUCAUGUGUAAGUGAAAAAGGUUUCAGUAAUUAUUUUCUCUUUCUUUAAGUGUUUUUUUUUCUGCAAACGUAAUUGUAGAGUACAAGGAGGAAAGGUGAGGAAAACUUUCUGCGAGACCACAAUCUAACUAUAUUACAUAUAAUCACUCAUUGAAAUCAUUUUUUAUUUAUUUGAAUUCUGUUCCUCCAGCCUGGGAUUUUUAAAAUUCCUGCCAUUGAUCUAGAAGCUGCUUGAAGCAGUGGGAGAGAGGGUUAGAUCUGUGGUAUGGAAAUACUGGGCAGAAGUUAUGAAUGAGGCAAUCUAAAAAAUUAAUGGGUAAAUCAAUGAAGCAUUCAAUGUGCAUCAACAUUGACUUAAUCAAGCAUUCGUCUUUAUGGUCUUGUAUUAUUGAUUUUAUAUCAACGUAUCAAGUUGAAAUCAAAAUGAUUUUUGCUUCUGUACAUUUUGAGGAUUGACUGAAAACCUGUCCCUUGCAUUAGAAAUAAAAUG